AUGAAAACUGAUAACACAAAACAAAAGCCAAGCAGUCAAGUCUCCUUGAAGACGUUGACCAGGACACCUGCAGGAAAGGUGUACCACCAUGACUUGAAGAGCAUAUACGCUGCGCUUUUAUGUUGCUUGGAUCUAAAGGCUGCAGCAAAGAAUGUCUCUUCAGCAUUGCUAAAGUUAACAAUGAAAAAAACACAAGCCUAUUCUUUCAGUGUGGAACGAGCAGUUCAUGUUAUGUCCAACCUGGAAAUUGACUUGCAGUAUAAUCUCACAUUGACCAAACUGUCGUAUGAGAUCAAUACUAAGUUUGCAUUUGAACUACUACAGAUAUUCUACACUGCUAAACUCCUUCACUGUCCAGAUGACCGGACGUGUAAAAAGCUGACAAAUGAAAGGCAGAUACUGCAGCCAACUCCGAAAGGAGUGGCGAUACUACACCAAUUCUGCUUGAAAAUGGGUAUUCCCAACAUCAGCAGCAUAAAGCUACCACAAAUACUGAAAUCUAGCUUCAAUUCGAUGCAGUUAAUUGAGUUUGAAAGGCAUUCCACAACAGAUUCUAUAAUUCAUAGUGAGAAUUCUGACAAGUUGUUAUUCAUCCAGCUUAUGGGACCGAGUAUGAAUGUAUGGUCCUCAAAAAAUGGACCUGAUCCCAUUUCUGACCUUGGCUCUCUUUUAAAAGCGGAAUUAAGAACUAACGACCACAUAUACGGCUCAUGUGAGGGAGAUAACAGAGUCAAUCCUCUCGAAAGCGAUGUGGCAUUUUUUGAGUAUUUAAAACAGAGACAACAGGAGCAGGUAGAGGUGUUGAAAGAGUGUGACAACUACGGGGAUGAAGAUCAGCCAGUAAAAGCUGUGUGUUCUCCGUUUUAUCACAGAUUUUUCACAAAUCCGGAUUCAGAUUCUCAUGUUCAGUACUAUGUGUCCAACAAGGGAUUGAGAUUCUCUCGGAAAAAAUCGAUAACACUUAACUCUAACAAAAAAACUAUCAAUAACUGCUUUUCCGGAAAAGCACUGAUCCAAUGUAUUCUUGACUGCACAGACGUUAUGUUUUAUCAGGAGGCCUUGAAAGUUGCAACUGUUUUCAUAAAAUUGAAACUCAUAAAGUGUGAAUCUUUCGAUGAAAGCAAUCUGUUCGGUUUUAUUCCAUCUAGAGAUUACAUAUAUUCCUUGACUGAGUUGGGAUACCAAAUUGUUAAAUGGAACCCUCCAGAGACUAGAAGGGGGACACAUUCUGCUUCGUCCUCUGAAUCCGGAAUACAAGGUGUGGAAUUAGCCUCCCCUAGCACAAUUUCACUGAGCAGAGUCUUGAAAGAUCCAGCUCUCAAAUACUUGUUUAGAUCAUUUAUGUCGGAUAAUGUUUGCAUUGAGAAUCUGAGAGUUUAUGAUGAUAUUGUGGAUUUUCAAAAAAAAAUCACUAUUUUGAGAAAGAUGCUCUCCUUGAAAGAUAGAGAAAAAUACCAAGUCAGUGCUUUGCAACACAAAAAAUUGACCAUUUACACAGCUAUCAACAAAUUGUCCGAAUACUGCCUUUCUAAAGUUUACACUAUUUUUGCGAUGUAUAUUUCAGAAGAUGCCCCAAGCGAGAUAAACAUUGAUUCAAAAUUGCGCUUUGAGGUCAAGCACUUGAUUCAAAAUAACGGAGAGUUCAGUUCGCCUUCCAUGAAUAUUUCAGAGCUGAAAAGUCUUGAAAUUCCUCCAGCUUCACCAACCGAAGUUCUUUUUGGGCCGAAACUAAAAUUUCUCGAAGAAGUUUGUUUGCUUUAUGAAGAAAUUCGAAUUAUGGUUUAUAGAAUGAUGGAGACAGACUCUCGAGCUAAAUUUCUUGCUUCUGACCAAUUUACAGAGUACUAUUACUCAUUGUAA